UCUCGCCCGCCUGCCCACUGGCUCCGCGUGCGUUCGUCGGCCGUGUCUGCAUGCUGGGCAUUCGCCCGGUGCGCUCGCGGUCGGCGUGCGCAUCGCGCUUCAUGGCGCCACGGCGACUGCGCCCUGCGCCUGCCACAUUCUCCCAUCCGUCCGAUUCCUUCGCUGAUGCACCCGCGGUCCGGUCGUCGGCCGUGUUUAUGUGCUGGGCUUAUGCCCUGCGCGUUCACGAUCAACGUGUGUUCUGCAUGCCCCGGCCCUGCCGACCAUAGCCCACGCCCGUUGUUAGCCAGCUCGCUCGCGUGCAAUAAUGGCACUCACCUUCGCGUCUGUUGCUCACGCGCUCGUCGGUCGCGUACGCAUGCUGGGCACUUACCCUGCGUGCCCAUCGUUCCGUCUCGGGCCUUCGAUGAGCUUCACAGUGCCAUUGUUGUUACGCUCGUGGUGGUGCUCUUACACACCCGAGCCCGAGCCAGGCCGUCGUGGAUGAAUAUUGAAUGGGUGGUGCCCACGGCGAGAGAGGGAGAGAGUGGCAGUGGCAGAUUGGCAUGAGGCAACGCCGCGAGCGAUUCGACGGCCCGCACAGGAUCAAGCAUGCUUCCAAACUUAGAGGAUUCGGCUAGGUCGAAGAGCGCAG